AACAACCUCUAAACUUCCUCCACACUUCGAUCAUCAGUUUCUCCUCCUAAAGCCUGAACCUCCUUACCUGCUUUCUCCUCCUAAAGCCUGAACCUCCUUACCUGCUUUCCUCACAACCCUGAAAAUUGAGCUUUUCAAGCAGCGAUAACGCUUUGUUUACACUGACGGCGAUCAGGUAUUUCAGUAAACAAACCAUGGAUAUAACCUCAAGAGCCACCACAGUAUUUUGUGUUCUUGUUUCUUUCUUCCUUGUUUCCUCUGCUCAGACAUGCAUAAACGACACUUUCACAUCAAACAGAGUCUUUGAUUCUUGCAAUGACCUUCCAUAUCUACAGGCCCAUCUCCACUGGAACUACAAUCAAUCCACUGGAGAAGUUGAGAUUGCAUACAGAGCCCAUCAAAUUUCUGAAGGAUGGAUUGCAUGGGCAAUCAACCCAACUGAGACAGGCAUGAUUGGAUCGCAAGCACUAGUUGCUUUUCGUGAUGCUAAUGGAAGUAUGACUGCUUAUCCAACAUCAAUAACCAGUUACAACCCUUCGAUGCUACCGGUAAAUCUCAGUUUUCAGGUUUCAAAUAUCUCUGCGGAAUAUUCAGCCAAUGUUAUGACCAUCUUUGCUGUUAUCGGACCACUGGAUAAUGGAACUAUUGCUAAUCAUGUCUGGCAGGCAGGAAGUUCAAUUUCUGACAAUAUUCCUCAGAUUCAUUCUACAUCUACUGCAAAUCUUCAAUCACUGGGGACACUAGAUUUUCUGUCAGGUUAGAAAAAAAAUAAUCGAGGAAGUACAGCAUGUCAGAUGUCAAGUUUGAAGACAUUCCACUAUUUCAAUUAUCUUUGUUUAAAUGUGGACCCUUUUCAAAUCAUCAGUAGGAUUAUGUUUUGGUCGGUACCAAUGUUAUACAAGUCACAUUCUUGAGCACAUUAGAAAAUAUUACAUUCACAUAAUUGGCUAUCAUUUUAGUUGUUUGGCCCUGGUCCAAAUUUCACAAUCAACUACUUGCGUCGUGCCUCUUAGCAUAGAGAGAAUAUGUCAGUUUAAAGAAAAUAAAAAAUAAACAAACAAAUACAAUAUCUUUGUUGAGGACUUGAAUUUAAAUUGUAAACUUUACAUAUCAAGUCUUGGGCAAAGGAAAUUACUUGAGAAGGAAUGACCUAGCAAGAUGGACAAUUCGAACAUUGCCACAGUUUAAUACAGUUAACCUCGUAGAUUCUCGCUACAAAUGGGUACUGCAGGAACGAGUCUUUAGAAAAUAUAUUGAAAAAUGAGUCAAUCAGCCAGGGUUAAGUGGGCUAUGCAUGUGUAACCAUAUUACCGGACAAUUGCUGCAACUCCUCAUGCUUUGGCUUUGUUAUUGGUAACUCCAAU